GUAAUGUUGCUUCUGGCUGGACAUGCGCGUAGGUGAUCGAAAUAUGGCGGCCCAAGUCUGACGAAAACUAUUGAGAUCUGCCCAUAUUUCGACAAAAAUAGCUAAGGACUGUUUGGCGUUGAGGAGGUCGAGAAAUCAGUCACACAUCAUCUGGGUUGUGCAGCCAAUCAAUGGUCAACAUGGGCAGGACCCCGCUCAAAGAUCAGAAAGAGAGUAAAAAGGAGAAACCAGGAAAGAGUACUCCUUCCGCGAGCCCUCCACCUGUUAAAGUCCCAGAGUCUUCCUUCACCUGGGAGGAGUACCUGAAGGAAACCAACUCCAUUCCAGCACCCCCAAGUUGCUUCAGACAGUCCAGGAUUCCCCCGAGUAAUGACUUCAAGGCGGGCAUGAAGCUGGAGGCGCGCGACCCGCGCAACUCCACCUCCGUCUGCAUCGCCACGGUGAUGGGCAUGACGGGCACGCGGCUCCGUCUGCGUCUGGACGGCAGCGACAACACCAACGACUUCUGGCGCCUGGUGGACUCGUCCGACAUCCAGCCCAUCGGCACCUGCGAGAAGAACGGCGACAUGCUGCAGCCGCCACUCGGAUUCAGAAUGAAUGCCUCUUCAUGGCCCAUGUUCCUCCUAAGAACCUUAAAUGGAGCAGAGAUGGCUCCAGCCACAGCCUUCAAAAAGGAACCUCCAAAGCCGACCCAAAACGGCUUUAAGGCCGGGAUGAAACUGGAAGCUGUGGACAAGAAGAACCCCUAUCUUAUCUGCCCAGCCACUAUCGGGGAGGUCAAGGGAGAGGAGGUCUUCAUCAUGUUCGAUGGGUGGCGUGGCGCUUUCGACUACUGGUGCCGAUACGACUCGCGAGACAUUUUCCCUGUUGGAUGGUGCGCACUCACAAAACACAGUCUGCAACCGCCUGGCAAUAGUGUGACCCCUCAAAAGCAGCCCAUCCCCUCUGCAUCACCCGCCAAGCCACCUCGCCGUUCCAUGCAGACGUCUCUGUACCGGCUGCCCAACCCGCUGCCACCCUUGCCAGUGCGCAAGGGGGUGCGCGGGCGCCGGCCCAAGAGCGAGACCAUCGCCCUGCUGAAGGCAGUAGCCGCUGCCGCUGCGGCACAGAAUGGACAGCAGGAUGGGGACAUCAAAAUCCCUAUCACCCCUCAGCUGGCGCCCCGACCCCAUAAAAAGAGAGGCCCCAAGCCGGGCAGCAAGCGGAAGCCCAAGAUCCUCCACACCACCUUGUCGACGUCCACAGCUGAUUCCAGGUUCCCUGGUGGUCCGAUGUCCCAGGAUGGCCUGAACCUGGGGUCAGGGCCUUCCGUGGUCUCCACAGUGUGCGUGUACGUCAACAAGCACGGCAACUGCGGGUCGCACCUGGACAGGAAGCAGGUCCAGCGGCUGCCUGACCACUUCGGGCCCGGCCCGGUCAACGUGAUCAUGCAGCAGGCGGUGCAGGCGUGCGUGGACUGCGCCUACCAGCCCAAAGUGCUGCUGGGAUGCCUGCAGGGCCACUCGGACGGAGAGGAGGUGGUCAAAGUUAGGACAGACGGAGGCACCCGCACUGUGAAGCUACCCACGGCCUCUAGCGCCUCCUAUGUGCUGCGCUUCAUGGAGAUGGUUUGCCGCCACCUGCAGUGUGACAACCUCUUCAGCAGCCAGCCCUUCAACCCCUACGCAGCCGCCGCCUACGACCGCAGCAAGUCAGUCAAAGAGGAGAUGUCUGAGGCACCGUCGUUAAACCGGCCCGGCAAGCGCAUCUCCAGAGACUCCCCUCCCUACGCAGCUCCUCUCUCCCCCAAGCUACUGCGCACAGAGGCCCACCCAUCAGAAGCAGAGACUCUGCCGCAUGAGGAGAACGGCCUCCUGAAGGAGCAGCGUUUCAUGGACUCGGCCUCCAACUCCAUGACUCCUCGCCCACAGACACUGCGCAGCUCCUCGGAGUACCACCCCCCGUCCAGCAGCCCCUACUACCCUGGCCCGCCCCUGCGCCGACACUCGUCCAACCCCCCUGACCUCACGUCAGCGCGCACCCACAGACGUGUGGAAGCAGCCAGUUCCACCACGGGGCCUGAGCCCCAGACGGGGGACAGGGAGGCCCCCCGGGGGUCCCACCGGAGCCCGUCCACCUGGUCCAUAGAGGAGGUCAUGCAGUUUGUGUGCAACGCUGACCCCACAGCACUGGCACCGCACGCUGAGCUCUUCAGGAAGCAUGAGAUUGACGGGAAGGCCCUGAUGCUGUUGCGGAGCGACAUGGUGAUGAAGUACAUGGGCCUGAAGCUGGGCCCGGCGCUGAAGCUCUGCCACCACAUCGAGAGACUGAAGCAAGGGAAGCACUAAAUCCCCUCCCCCCUCUCCCCCCCUCCUCCCCGUCCCACCCCGCUGACAGACUGGACGAAAGAGGCAAUAUACAAAGAAACUGCAGCAGACUGCGAUAGACUUGAAACCGGAGGGGUGUGUGCGUGGGGGGUGGGCGGGGCGGGGGGGGGGUUGCGAUAUCUGAGGAGGCGGAGGGAGAUGACGAGACGGUUCCUGGCAUGGCUUGGAGCGCCCUGCUACAUCAGCUGGGUCCACACUGAGACACAAGAGACACAAGGGAGGCUGGCUGGACGCAUGGCCUUGGGAGAGACAUGGAUCCUUCCUGUGUCUGCAGGCCGAAGGCUGGCUCUCUGCUGUCUAACCCUGCUGAGAAAGACAGACAAAGAGACCCCAGCAGAAAGCCGCAACCAGAGGCAUAAACAUAGCCAUUGCUAACCGACACAACAAAAGACCUGAGAAAAAGAGAGGGGGGGGGGGGGGGGGGGAGGGUAAAGGUAAAGAGACAGGAAGAUAGGGACCGGCCCCAUCAGAGAGGGAAAGAAGUAUGUGAGUAUGUAAGGACAGAGACAUCACCAGUGUGAGAAGCUUUGUUGAGUGAGAAGAGGGACGAUCUGACAAGUCAGAGAGCCGAGGAAAAGUUGACUGUCUCCAUUUUGAAAUGGAAAUGUCUCCAUUUUUGAAACUGCCACUCUUUGCUGGCCUUGGCUCUUGAUGGGAUUCUAAACUUUGUGUGUGUGUGUGAGGGAGAGCAUGAGUGAUGUGCGUGAUGUGCUGCAUGAGUGCGUGUAUGUGUGUGUAGUCGUUAACAGACGAGACCACGUUACCUCAUCAAGUGUCACACGAGAGUGCAGUCCGCCGCCACCGCUCCUCGGUUUGGGCUCCAAAACCCGAUGAAGAAAAAAAAAAAAGAGAGCGCACACACAUCCCACUGCCUAUGUUUACAGAACUCUGGACACAACAUGCACAUCAACUCUGUGAUGGUUCGUUCGUCUUCUGCUCUCAGGCCACCCCGCUGUUGUGCAAACAUUCAGCAGCGGGGUGCGUUGUCAUGGUCGUCGUCCCCCCUCCCCCUCCAGAAAGAUGGAUGCAGCCCUCCACUGAGCAUUCGGUAAUGGGGAUGGGCGAUAAAGACGGGCCGAAACGGUUUCUUAAGUCAACAUUGCCCCUCUGCUUUCGGAGUCGUCGUGGAAGACCGGCGGGGUGAUGAAUUGUCAAGCUAAAUUAUUUUGAAACUUUGUAUCAUUACAAAUUAUAAACGUUUCAGUUGGAUAAGCAAGAAGUUUGUAAACGCUGGAUAGUUUUAUAACAGCUGGAUUUGGGAGAGAACUGUUCUGCACUGCUUGUAUAAUGCCUCUUGAAAAGCCUUUUUCUACACCAAAUAAUAGACUAUUUAAACAAGACCAACCAGAAAGGAAAAGACUUUUACUUCUCAGAACUCAGCACAGACAAAUAGAGGGGUCAAGAGACACAUUCAACAGACUAAAAUGGUUUUGUGUGUUAUGUUUUUGUUUAAAGGAAAUCAGAUCACUUACAUUCCCCUCACUACUGGAAGUAACAACUUGGUUUAUUGCACAUGGCAUUUUGGACAUGUACUGCAUCCUGGUUGUUUCUCAUUUUCUGCCAUCAUUAUUAUCCCCAUUAUAACUAUUACAUAGCUUAUAUUUCUGGAAAAUGACUGGUCACAGAGGGUGUUUCAUUUGUGACACAAAUUUGUCUCAAUCCAGAUGAAACUUACCUGUUUCUUUUGGGACUUCUGUGACUCCUCCAAUCCCGUUAUACAUACAGUGUAUAUGUAUUCUUUUUUUUCUCUCUCUCUCUCUGGGGUUCUGUUUUUCCAUUUGUGAAAAAGAGAAAAAAGCUUGUUAAAAAAUGUCCGUUGUGGUGACUUGCAUGUGAUUGCUUCUCAUGAAGUAAGGAGUCCGAAGACCUCAACAGAAAUGGAAACUUCCUCAGUGUAAGCUACUGUACAGAUAUGUGGAAUGUCCUCACUUCAUAGUGAUUGAUGAUCAUACAGUACAAAGUCACAACAGGGUAAGCCAGCAAUACUGGACUUAACAGUUAAAUGCAGACCACAGUUUUUAUAUGCGUAGCUUGAAUCCAAGCUGACUGUCUAAGCUAUUAUUGUAUACACAAUAUUAUUGUAUACACAAUAUUUAAGUGGAAUACAGUGACGUUUCUCAUUCUUUUACAAUUGAAGUGUCUGAGUUAUGCUUUAUUCUGUCCCUUGGAUUCCCUUUUAGUUUUAUUUCUUUUUGUUUAGUAUGUUUCAAUAUUAUGGUCUACGUGAAGAAGCAUCCAGUGAAACCUACUUGUCAUUGUCGCACUGAUGAUGAUUUCAUUUACAUGAUUUUCAGUGUCGUACGAAACUGAAUGUAGCCAAACAAUGUCACAACAUUGUGAAGGUCUCCUUAUGUACUGGUGACUUGUGUCCUUGGUAUUGACUGCGGAUCCUGAGCUCCAGAAUGUCGCCUCUUGAAGAAGACCCAGACCUAAAUUUUGCGGUGGUGUGCGAGGAUGAAUUGCAUCUCCAGAUUACUGCCCCCUGUUGUGCCGAGCACUUGACUACAGGUCCGUUUAUUUGCAGCUUGUUUAUUCCUGAGUUAGUCAGUCACUAUAAAUCUGCAGAUGGCCUUGUUUUGUUUUUCUUUAUUUAUUUCGGAAGAGAGCUGUGAUGGGCAUAUAGAGCUUCUGUAUGACUACAAGGGCUUUUCCAGAUAGCGUUUCGCUCUAGUGGUAAAACCAGUCAGAAAGCAACCAGACCUCCUGAUCUAAUAGAGACGUCCCAUACAUACAUUGAUGUUAUCUAUAUCGACAAACAAACUUCUAUAGUGUUUUAUGGGUUUCACCAUAAAUAUCAGCAACAGGAAUGUACAUUUUUGUAGAAAAGAAAUAUUUUAAGCAUAACAUAUAUGAAAGGGUAGAAAAUGUGAAGUUAAGGGUGGUGGGUUGGGUUGGGGGGGGGGGGGGGGGGGAUUCUAGACAAUGUAUUUCAUACUGCCUUUUAAUACACUUGUAGCUGAGAACAUGACCCUGCAAAUUACUACAUCAAAAAAUGCCUUGCUUUACUUUGAGAUCUCUCAGGUUGAAGUGUUUGUUUUGAUCCGAAUUUUGUAAUUAAGCAUUUCUGGGGUGUUUAAUGUGUCACCUCUCUGUUUUAAUAGUCGCUGUCCAUCUGUUGAACUUUUUGUGAUUUUUUUUUUUUUUCUUUGUGCCAUACAUUAAACAAAAAUGACUGUA